AUGGAGGGGAAUUCAGGUUUUGGCCCCAAGACACGGUUGUUGAUGGGUGAAGGAAGGAGAAGCAGGAGACUGAGCAGAAGGAAUUCAGUGAACUCACUGAGGACUGAUUUUGUAGCAAGAUUACCUGAUAAGGUCAGGUCUGGUCUGGAUCUUGAGUCCCCUUAUCAAAUCCAUUUCUCCAAAACAACAGGCCUAACAAAAGGAGAAAAGGAAUAUUAUGAAAGACAAUUGGCUACAUUGAAAUCCUUUGAGGAUGCAGAUAUUCUAGUGGGAAAUGACAACAAAAAUGAAGAGAGUGAAGACGAUGAAGAACAGGCUCAACAUGAAAAAGCAAUGAAGAUAUCUAACUAUGCAAACAUAGUAUUGCUAGCCUUUAAGAUAUAUGCUACUAUAAAGACUGGAUCUUUGGCAAUUGCAGCAUCGACCCUGGAUUCUCUGCUUGAUCUUAUGGCCGGUGGCAUUCUUUGGUUCACUCACUUGUCAAUGAAAAACAUAAAUAUUUAUAAGUAUCCGAUUGGGAAAUUGAGGGUGCAGCCAGUGGGGAUAAUUAUCUUUGCUGCUGUCAUGGCUACACUUGGGUUUCAGAUAUUGAUCCAGGCCGUCGAACAACUAAUUAAAGAUGAACCUACUGAAAAAAUGUCUUCUGAUCAGUUAUUGUGGUUAUAUGCAAUUAUGCUAACCGCGACGGGAGUGAAGCUAGCCCUUUGGGUUUAUUGUAGAAGUUCAAGAAAUGAGAUUGUUCGUGCCUAUGCGAAGGAUCACUAUUUCGAUGUGGUAACAAACGUAGUAGGAUUGAUUGCAGCAGUUCUUGGCGAUAAGUUCUACUGGUGGAUUGACCCUGCAGGUGCCAUUCUCCUUGCAGUUUACACGAUUAUAAAUUGGUCUGGAACUGUUAUGGAAAAUGCAGUUUCACUUGUUGGAAAAUCUGCACCUCCUGAAUUCUUGCAGAAAUUGACAUAUAUUGUUAUCAGAAACCCUCAAGUCAAGCGUAUCGACACAAUCCGAGCUUAUGCCUUCGGUGUUCUUUAUUUUGUAGAGGUAGAUAUUGAACUCCCGGAAGAACUGCCACUCAAGGAAGCACAUGUUAUCGGAGAGAACUUGCAGAAUAAAAUUGAAAAAUUGACAGAGGUUGAGAGAGCAUUUGUGCAUCUUGAUUUCGAAUGUGAACAUAAGCCAGAACAUUCUGUACCCCACAGGCUGCCUAACAUUGAUCCUUGA